AUGUCGGGAAAGCAGUUGAGAGAAAGCCUAUUCCUGGCUGAAAACAUUGCCCUUCUUUCUCUGCUCAGCGCAGCUCCUACCGCUCCCCAUCUGAAUCCGGUCGAUGACCAGCUCACACAUGAGGUCCACGUCACCAACACCAUUGCAUAUAUCUCUGGGAUAUCCGAUGACCCUUCCCAUGUCGUGGCCGCUUGUGUCGAGGGGCUGGCAAGCGGAAGCGGAAUUCGGGUCGUCGUUGCCAUCAACAAGGAGCGCCAGGCCUCGAAUAAAGAGGUCCUAGCACGCAUCAAGAAGGGGCUUGACCAGAUCUUCGGCCAUCUCGCUCGAGUCAACAGGGAGCAGAAUUCAGACACGGAAGACAUGGUCGUCGACGCUAUAGUGAGGAUGUGCAAGGAUCGCAUAUUCAGCCGCAUCAAGUCAAGGAGACCGGAUGCAAAGUACAGCAAGGGGAAGAGCAAGGCAUUCUUAGGCUCGCUGCUUCAGCAAGUCAUUGAUGCUCAAGGAAAUAAAGAGGCAGCAGACGAGCUGAAGCACCAGGCCAAGAAGGCACGGAGUGCGGCGAAACAGGCGGCAGAGUUGGUAGAACAACAGCAACAACAUGCCUCGUCGGCCGGGAGCCCGUCAGCAGCUGGGGAGGCGGAGCACGAACCGGCAUCAAAACCUGGACGGGUGCUAGAACCAAGACCAGAACUGGAACCCGAGCCCGAGCCUGAUCCCGUACCGGUAGCGGCCAUCACUACCAAAAGAAAGUUCAUCAGCACGCUGGCCACACCCCGCUCGCGCUUUGCUGAAGUUCAUAUCCACUGGCUUCCACGACGCCGCGCUGCCGCCUUCUACACUGCUCGCCCGAGGGGUUUUGUAGAGCUUGAGGCCGUGCGCAGCGAUGUCGAUUUUGAUUCUGGGAGUUCCGAGUGCGUGUAUGUUGCGUAUGCCGGUGAGGUUGUGAUGGUGGAUUUUGUGAGAGGUAUCAUGUAG